AGCAACGGCAAGCGGAGAACUACCCAGUAACUCACGUGACUGGCCUUGGCUGAUUGAGGAGAGCGCACGCAGAUGGCACAGCAGCCAGCUCUCGCUACCCGCUUCCCGGCUCGCCACAUCACUCUGUCAUCGCCCCCAACCUCCGCGCCCGCCUCAUUCUCGGCUUAUAACUAUCUUUCAGGCCUAUUCUCUGCGGGGGAAACCUUUAUUGGGCGCGGAAGGGUGGUUUAGUUUUGGUUUUCUUUUCACCUGCUCAGAGGACACUUCCGAAGGCAUGGAAAGCACAACAGAAAUUACCCAAGGGGAGGAUUGUUGCUAACCUACGUGAUGAAGAAAGCUUCCUGGAGAAGGUAGCAUUUGAACUGGGUUUCAACAAAUGAAGUUAAACCUGCUGUUUCUCCUGCAUGGCGUCCAGUGGCUCUGUCACUACUGUUUCUGUGCCUAGGGAUGGCAGUUGGUCUGGUGACUCUAGGAAUAAUGCUCUUUAUACAACAGGAUUAUCUUCAUAUCGAGAAUGGAAAUCUCUCAGAGAUUCUCCAGCAAGUGGCAAAAAACUUCUGUAAUGAGCUUAUUCAAAAGACUGUGGGUCACAAAUGUAAUCCCUGUGAUACCAACUGGAGAUAUCAUGGAGACAGAUGCUAUGGUUUCUUCAGACACAAUCUGACAUGGGCAGAGAGUAAAGAAUAUUGUGCUGAAAGGAAUGCCACUCUUGUGAUGAUACUCAACAAGGAUAUUUUGGAUUUCGUCAAAGGAAGAACUUCUUUUAUUCGAUGGAUUGGACUGUCCCGUCAAAAGUCUGAUGGAAUCUGGAUUUGGGAAGAUGGUUCAGCUCUCUCUAAGAAUGUGUUCGAGCUUUUAGGAAAUGGAAGAAACGAUCAACAGUGUGCCUACUUUCAUAAGGGAAAAAUUUAUACUUCACUCUGUGAGGACACACAUUACUUAAUAUGUGAGCAGAAGGCCAACCCAGUGAGGAUAGACCAACUGAUUUGAUGUACCGGAAAAACAGAUGGAGAAGAACAGUAUGUCAAGGAUUAGCAGCUCAUGGAUGCUGGCAAGUGAGAAAUUUCUCAACAAAAAGAAGAGACUUUACUCCUUCACUUUAACACAUAUACACACGCACACACGCAUGCAUGUACACAUGAGCACACACAGGAAAACAUCUUCAGGGAAAAUUCAAUAUUUAGUAUCUUUUAGCUUAUCAUCUUCCUCCACCCACACACACCCUAACUUUGGCCUUCUUCCCCAAAUUGUUUUUUUUUCCUUCCUCUUAGCAUGAACCCUUUUCUUACCCUGCUGACUUUUAUUGUAUUUCAAACUUGAGUGUCUCUUACUCUUUUCUCAGCCAUCAUCAUCUCAGCCACAAUAUUAAAUUAUAAAUAUAUGUAUAUAUUUAUAUAAUAUACACAUUACAUAUAUAUGAUAAAUAAAAUCAGGGCAGGAAUUGCUGGUGUCUCAUGGACUAAGCAUUGGACCAGGACUCAGAACACCUCUAGGAGGAUGAAAAAGUGAUUAUUACAAAGCAUGCUAAGGAAAACAGCUUUGAAAGACAACAGAACACUGAUCAAGGCUGUGACCAAGCAUAAUUUCAGAACAAAUUUUAUGAUGGAACUUUUUUUUGAUUUUUGAAUUUGAUUUGAAUUUAUGAUGCCUGCCUGUCUCUUGGCAGAGAGGUGUUAGACUGAAAAUGAAGAAUAAAAAAAAGAAAGAAAAUGAAGAAUGAGACAGACACACAUUUUCCAACAUGGCCAGUGUGGUGAGAUAUUUUGCUUUACUGUACUGGGUAGGAAAUAGUUAGUAAGAAGUAACAGAGAAAGAGCAUCAACAAAAUGAAAAAUACACAGGCAAAAAUCAAAACAAAAGGUUCAGAAAGGGAAACAGGUCAAUUUUGUACCUACUGGGUUAAAUGUAACAUAUUCUUUUAAAAAUAAUCUGUACAUAAUAUUGUUCUUUGUAGAAUUAAGUAUUUUUGUGUGUUGGUGAUUUUUAAGUGCUUAAUAAAUAGAUCCUGCUCCGAUGACA